UUUGCUCGAUCCCGCCCUGUAUGUGACGUCUCUUCCAUCAGCCCCGCCUCCAGUGAAUGUGUGUCGCCUCUUUCCUCUGCCCAUGGCCGCUCUCCGUGCCAUCUCCCCCAGUAGUCAUGCCCUCCCCUGCCUCGGUGUUGCGGUCACUACUCGCCCGGUGGAGAUCGUACAAGUAUCGCUUCGUUCCUUGGGUUGCACUAAACCUGUCUCGAAGCCGCAGGAACAUGCGCUACGUAGCGGACAGUCACAGCGACAAAGUGAUACCUGAUGCUAAAGUGUAUUCCACCCUAGUAGGCCUUUUCCAGGCUUUAUUCAGAGCGGAUUUACACAGACAAAGAGACCUCCUGGAUCUGCUUCCUGAAGCCACUAAGUCCAUUUAUGGGCUGACAGGUACUGGUAAUCAGGAGAGGAGCUCGUACUGUGAUCUCACACCUCAAGCGGAUGACAUACUGCUCAGGUCUCUGGGUUUCUCCAUUGACAGACGCCAAAGUUCCCUGGACGGUGCUGGUACCGGAGUAUUUGUUUCCAAAGGGUUUGUGCCAAAAGGAGCUGUAGUAUCUAUGUACCCUGGUGCAAUUUACCAGACGUAUGAACCCAUUUUAAUUCAGUCAAUUGGAAACCCCUUUAUUUUCCGCUGCCUCGAUGGAAUUCUCAUUGAUGGGAAUGACAAGAAGAUCUCAAAGUCUGUGUACAGGUCUUGCAGCAGGAGAGACCAGCUAGGACCAUUGAAAAUGUGUGAUUCCACCUGGCUGACCAGCUCGCCGCGUAAUCCACUGGCUGUGGGACAGUAUGUGAAUAACUGUUCUAAUGAGUGUGCGGCUAAUGUAUGUUAUCAGGAAUACGAUAUACCUGACACUUUCCCAGUUGAGCUGAGACAGUACAUCCCGAAUGUCCGCUACUCACAAGAUAUGGAAGGGCCAUUGCGGUGCGUUGUUCUGGUUGCUUUUAGAGACAUACAUUGCGGAGAGGAACUGUUCUCAAACUAUUUCACACUAGUCCAGUGACGCAGGACGUGAUCAGUGGGCACGAGAGGAGCGUGGUAGACAACUUCUGAAUACCACGGAUGGCAACACACAGCUACAAUACCGCAUACAGCUACUGUGAUGGUGUAAGAGCAGAGUGAUGUGGUUACUGCAGGUGACACAAUCCUACAGAAUGAUCAAGUCUUGUGGUAUCUUCAAUUACAUGUUGUUGUACAGUUUAUAAUUUAUCUGGAGGGUUUAUUAUUUCUAAAGGACAAAUAAUAAAACGUUGACAUUUUCAUAGAAAAAUAA